CUAGUGUAUUUUUUUUAGAUACCAGGCUUUCCCAGUAUCUAAUUUUGCCACCAUUCCGCAAAUAUGCAGCACGGUGAAUGGAUUAACGUGUGCUGCGUGCAUUUUGCAGCUCUUCAAAAGGCUUUGAGGCACUGCAAACCGCACAUUCCUUAUUGUGGGAACGUGGCUUAGCUGUGCAUAAAAAAAAAAGUAAGACCACUGAGUAAUUUCUUGGCUUAAAAACAUUUGGGAUAUGUUGUUCAUAUAAAAAUGUAUGUAUAAUACAAAAUAUGUCCUACUCAUUUUGGUAUACCCAUUCCUUAGAAUUUAAACAAAGCAAUUUUUAGAAACUCUGAAUCAGACUAGGGAAAUGUCAGUACUUAUUGUAUUAAAAUUCAGAUGUCUUUCACUGAAAUCCAUGUAUGUUUUUUUGCUAGCUCUCAUAUCUUCUCUUGUUAUUGUUUGCUGUAUGUGUGUGUGAGUACAAUGUCACCUUUGUGUAGUUACAAAGCAAUGUCUCUGCCAUAUUUUUUUAGUCUGCUGUUUUAUUUAAUUUCUGAAAAGUAAAUUCAAUUUUAAAAAUAAUUAUUAUGAAUUUCUAUUUUGAAUUUCAUCUGCUUAAAUACUUCUUAAAUCAAAGCAAAAUCUGAUGUUAGUUAUUCUUGGGAUAAUACUACAUUUUCAGGGUUAGAUAUAAUUUUUAAUACAUGUCCUGAUAUGGCAGACCUUAUUCAUUAUAAUUUUAUUAAAUUAUUAAAUGUAUUAAAUGAUUAUUUAGCAACUCUGCUUCCUGCAGUCCUUUCAAAGCAUCUGAUAAAAUAAGCACCAUGCUUAUGACAGCUUUUUUUUUUUAUGUUUUCAUAGAGAAGUAAGGCUGGAAGGGACAUCAAGAAAUCAUCUAAUCCAACUUUGGAUUGAUAAAGAAUGACCUUCCAGGAGAUAGUCUGGGCAAGACAGCAGGCAAGAAGUUCCCGGUGCAGCUGUCUCACACAGAUUGUCUCCUGGUAUGCCAUGCUUCCUGGAUACUCUGUGUUUUAAGGAGGAAUGGCUCUUCAGUCAUACAAGGUUAGGCCUCAGACCCCUGCAAGGGUAGCAGAGAGACUGUUUGUUCUUCACUAUGGCUAUGCUCCAUUUCUUUCUUUGACAAGUCGAAACUUAGCAUUUACUAUUCAGAAUACAGAUGUUAAUGUUCCAGGACCUGGACACUACGAUAUUGCCAAAAUACAGAAUGCUAUCAAGGGUGGCAAGAGUCCACAAAACAAAGAAAAACGCUUCAGGGAGAUCAGCACAGACACUCCAGGACCUGGAAGCUAUAACCAAGCUCCUUCUAUGGGUUUUGCAAUAAGUAACAAGGAAAAAAGAGAACUUAAAGAACGUGGCCAACUGAGAACUGCAGGCAGUAUAAAAAUCUACCGAAAACUGGAUAGUCCCUCUAUUCCUUCUCCAGGUCAAGCCUUUGGGUAUGAGGAAACAGAGGAUGGCACUCUUAUAAAACAAUACCCACCUGAAAGAGACUUAACACUGGGCCCAGCUUAUUAUCACCCAGUAUUUGAUGUUACCGAUUCUUCCAAGAAGUAUAAAGGAAUACAUUUUGGAAAUUUAACUGGAAGACGCAGUGAAUUUAGGCCUCAAGAAGGUCCUGGACCAGGGGAGUAUGACAUAACUCAGGAAAGUGCACUACAUUAUGAAAAUGUCAACAUCCAAAAAGAAGACAAGAAAAAAUAUGACCCCUACAUUCCACGGUAUCAUGAAGUAAUAGUAUUACAGGAAGAAAAGAAGGGUGUUCCAGGACCUGGACAAUAUGAAAUAAAAAGUCACUUUGAGAAGGAGUAUACAACACAAAGUGGAAACAAAGUUACACAUGCUCCUUUUCUUACACAGUCCAAAAGAUUUGUACCUGUGAAAUCAAUCACACCAGCUCCUGGCACAUACAAUGAACCACGGUCAGCUCUUGAGUCUUUGAAGAAAAUAUCAGGAAUGAAAAAGAUCCCAUUUGGUCAAACUGCUGUUCGAUUCACCCAAGACUCCAGGCUAGAAAAAACACCAGGUCCUGCAUUCUAUAAUAUUUCCAACUAUAGCAUAGAGAGAGAGAGUUUUAAAAAAGCUUUCUUGGAGAGUACAAAGAAAGGAGCAUUUGGAUCUUCAGCUCCUCGACCUUUACUUUUUCUUGAAAGGGAAGAAGCUUUUUAUACUCCUGGACAAAUUGAUUAUCAGGUCAAAGAGAGCACAGAAGAACUGCAUAAACAACAGAAACAAUUAUCUGUUUUUUUGUCAACAACAGAAAGAAAUCCAAUAGUUGCCAUGGAAGUUCCACCACCAGGUUCCUAUGAGGUUCAGAAAUCAUUUGAGAAAUUGCAUGGUAAAAGCCAGUACAUGCCCCCCCGAACCAUAUUGGCGAAAAGAAAACAGGCCUCUUUUCUCAGUGCAACACCUAGAGAAAUUUUCCUUACGGCUGGCACAGAUGUUCCAGGGCCUGGGACAUACAACCCUGUUGUGAAAUCAGCUUCCGGCAUUUCCCUGUUUGCUUCCAGAGAGGAACGUUUUAAAGAACCAAAAGAGAUUACUCCUGGCCCUGGAGAUUAUGAGCUUAGCCCAUUGCUUAAGGACACUGUCUUGAAGAGAACAUUUAAUGCUACCUUACAGAAUCCUGCUGCAACUCAGAUGGACAACACUGUUUGCAAAAAUGGGCGAAGUUGUAAACUAUCUCAACCACUUGGGCCAGAAGUACUUCCAGUUGCAAUGUGUAGAGUCAUAAUCAGGAAUUUUUCCCUACUCGAAUGUCUACACAAAUAUGUCAUGACCCCUAAUAUAAGAAAAUAUCCUGUUAAGAUAUUUGGAAUAAAAGACUGUUUUCAAAUUCACUUCUGUCCUUGACAAGGGCUCAGUUGCUAACUGAAGGCAUAUUCACAGCAAUACAACUGGGUCAAAGCCUACAAAAUAUGCUGUACAGGCAGUUCUUCUGGUCUGAGAGAAGGGCACUAUCCAGACAGAAUAACAUCAAGUACUCACUCCUCAUUUGAACUGUUUGAAAAUAUUCUGAUGGAAAAUUGUCUCCGGUAAAAUGUUGCUUCAUUGGAAC